AUGGCUUCUUCCUCGUCUGUACUCGUGACUUCUGGAUCCUUUCCGAAACCGGGCGAUUCUAUUCAGGCCGUGGAGUGUCCUUCAUACCAGUCAAUCCAACAAUCAAUGGGUGUUCUCACCCCUCCGACCACACCCGAAAAGGAUGACGUUGAAAGAAAGAGGUUUUCAGUCAGCAUCGACAGCAAAAGACUACUAGAGCAUCCCACGGAGCAGUUGAAGACGAUGCUAGCAGUUGGCUCAGGACUAGGCGUCGACCCGACCGAGAUGGUUGGCAAGUGGAUUGAGAGCGGCGAGGAUAUUGGACCCUUAUCACAUGUUCCAGAAACAGCGCUACCGUAUGGGAAAGAGUAUCAACUGAAUGAUGAGCUUGGCCAUGGAGCCUGGAGCACGGUAUACAGUGCUAGUGAGGGAAGUGAUAUCAAUCAGAGAAAAUGCUCGACGCUCCUUACGCCACCUGCCACGCCCGAGAAGCAGUCGGCGAGCUUUGCGUCAAGCCGCUUACUGGCUGUGAAAGUGCUCUCACGUCGGGACGGAAAACAGAUUUUGGAAAGGGAGGCACGAAUACUGACAUACCUACACUCGCAUUCUCGGUCCCGACACUACUUAGUUCCAUUCCAUGGCUUUGAUUUGGCGAAAACCUCCAUAAUCAUGACCGCUGUAACUCUCAAUCUAGAAGUGCAUGCCAAAGCCGCUGCUCACCAGUCAUUGACUACCGCAACGAUGUUCGACCCCGUAAUUGGCGCUUCUCAAUGGUCAGACUUGGCUUUGUCUCUUAUCAGUGGUCUUGCGUUCCUCAAGGACAAGGGUUGUGUACACGGUGAUAUCAAGCCAGCGAAUAUCCUUUUACGCGCAUCCGAGGAUCCGGAACGUUCGAGUCUGACGCCUUUUUACUGUGACUUUUCAUCCUCACAUGUCCUGGAUUCUUCUACUGGCCUCAAUGGCAACGAUGAGGUCAAUGCGAUCACAACAGACUACACCGCCCCCGAGCUUUUGCAGAUCCUGCAUCCUAGAAAUGGAAUGGAUGGUGGAGGGCGAGCCACUGCGACCUUCGCGUCCGAUGUUUUUGCAUUAGGCGUCACACUCAUCUUUGCUGCAGCCGGCGAAUCACCGUACGCGGGUGCAAGGUUGGAGGCGCAGAAGACUGCUAUGGUCCUGGAAGGACGACCAAUGGAUUUUGCGCGUGGCGGUCACCAAGCCAGCAGGAGUAUGGCAGGUAGGGCGGUCGACAGAGCUUUAAAGGGAGCCUUAGUGAGGGACAUCACAAAGAGAUACGUGGCAGAAGAAUGGGAGGAGGUGAUCAGAACAGUCACUCACCAAUGGAGAGAAAGUGGUUGGAAGCAGGGCGGGAAAUGA